AUGUCGACUGCUGAGCUCGCCAGCGCUUACGCCGCUCUCAUCCUCGCCGAUGAUGGCAUCGAAAUCACCGCCGACAAGCUGAACACCCUCAUCAAGGCCGCCGGUGUCGCUGACGUCGAACCCAUCUGGGCCACCCUCUUCGCCAAGGCUCUCGAGGGCAAGGAUGUCAAGGACCUGCUUCUGAACGUCGGCUCGGGUGGUGGCGCCGCUGCCGCUGCUCCCGCUGCUGGUGGUGCUGCUACCGGAGGUGCGGCGGCCGCCGAGGAGGCUCCCAAGGAAGAGGAAAAGAAAGAAGAGGAGAAGGAAGAGUCCGACGAGGAUAUGGGUUUCGGCCUGUUCGACUAA